UAGACACAAAAGAUAGCUACAAUGUAAAUAAUGGCUUAAAAGAACGGAAUGGAGAUGUUGAUGUAAAUGUUGACGAAGAUACUGAAGAUAGAGGACAAUGGGGCUCCAAAUGGGAGUUUAUUCUGUCAUGCAUAAGACUUUCUGUAGGAUUAGGAAAUGUAUGGCGUUUCCCUUACCUGGCCUAUGAAAAUGGAGGAGCUGCCUUCCUGAUUGCUUAUUUAGUCCUACAGUUCCUGAUAGGAAAGCCCAUGUACUUCAUGGAGUAAGUAAUGGGUCAAUUCUCUGGUUUAGGACCAACAGGGGUUUGGAAAAUGAACCCAAGUGCUAAAGGUAUUGGUAUAUCUAUGGCUCUAAUAUCCUUAGUAGUUGCAAUCUACUAUAAUGUGAUCAUGGCCUAUACACGGAUCUACUUCUUCUCCUCCAUGCAGAAAACUGUACCUUGGACUGUUUGUGAAGAUGAAUGGUUACCAUUAGGAUGUGUGGAGCAGACGACACAGAGAUUAGACUAUUGCUCUAUGAACAUUACACAAUUAUUGACUGAUAACAAAGCGUGUAGAUGUUUUUUGAACGGUACAGAUUCUAUAUUGUCUGACCAGGGAUUUAACGGUACUAAUGUCACAUACCAAGGAGAUGUCCCAGUACCUGUAGCACAGCUGUAUUUUGAUAAAACUGUAAUAAACAAGGCUGAUGAUUUCUACCCAGACACAGGAAAUCCACAAUGGAAGUUAGCACUCUGUCUGCUGUUGUCGUGGAUUGUUGUUGUUCUCUGUUUAGUAAGGGGAAUUAAGUCAUCUGGAGAAGUUGUAUAUUUCACAGCCACAUUCCCAUAUGUUAUCUUGUUGAUUUUGUUGAUCCGAGGAGCUACACUAGAUGGUGCUAUUGAUAGAGUAAAAUAUUUUUUGAUACCUGAAUGGUCCAAACUAGCAGAUCUAAAGGUAUAUGUUGCUGCAGCAGGACAGAUGUUUUUCUCUCUCAGUGUAUCGUUUGGUGGAAUUAUAAUGUUUGGAAGUUACAACAAAUUCAGCAACAAUGUAUAUGGUGAUGCCUUGUUAAUCGCUGUAAUGGAUCUGGUUACCAGUAUAAUAGCAGGUUUUGUCAUCUUUACAACAUUUGGAGGAUUAGCUAAGAAAACAGGACUUCAAGUCUCAGAAGUUGCAAGGGGAGGUUAUGGAUUUGCCUUUGUAGCCUACCCUGAGGCAUUGUCUAACCUACCUCUACCUCAAUUAUGGUCUGUUUUGUUUUUCUUCAUGUUGUUUACACUUGGACUUGACAGUGAGUUUGCUUUAUUGGAGACAGUUUUGACAUGUAUACAGGAUGAGUUCCCAAAACUUAGAAAAUAUAAGAGUCACAUGGGUAUUGGAUUGGGAGUGAUAUGUUUCUUUAUGGCUUUACCAUGUAUAACACCAACAGGAGAUUAUAUAGUAGGAUUGAUGGAGAGUUAUGGCGCUGAUUUCUCUGUAUUGUGUGUAGCCACAUGUGAAUGUGUAUCCGUACUAUGGGUUUAUGGAGUGACAAGAUUUAUAAAAGAUAUUGAAUUUAUGUUGGGUAAAACCCCAGCACCAACAACAUAUUGGUUGUUUUGUUGGGUGUUAGCUUCACCACUUCUUAUUGGGGGUCUGUUUGCAUACCGUCUAAUCAAGUAUGUACCACCUAAAGUAAAAGAUGGAGUAUUUUUCCCAGAAUUUGCCCAGAUUAUUGGAUGGUGUGUAUCUGCCAUAGUGUUAUGUCCUAUACCUUUGUACUUUGUUUAUAAAUUCAUCAUCACUCCUGGGAAAGUCACUGAUAGACUUAUAAUAGUAACAACGCCAACAGCUGACUGGGGACCUAAUACCAAGGAAAAAUUAUACAAUGCUGACUCACAGUUAACAGACAUUGGAAAGGCAGCUUACGCUUAUGACAAUCCAGCUUCACAAUUAUAA